CUUUGUAUGGAAACCGCCAUGGGACGAAUCCCAGACAACAUCCCAAAUCAUUUCAGUAAAAUUCGAAUAGAGAAUUCCCACCUGACCGAAUUACCUCGCGGCUCCUUCUCUAAAGUUACUGCCUUGGCGUCUCUAUGGUUGAAUUUCAACGACAUCACCCUAAUGAACAUCAAGAGUCUCGAAGGGCUGACGAAUUUAACGGAACUGCGGCUCCAGGGAAACAAGCUGCGUUCAAUCCCAUGGACAGCGUUCCAGGACACGCCGAACCUGAACAUUUUGGACCUGAAACUCAAUCGACUAGACGUGCUCCCGGAAUCCGCCCUGAGACAACUACCAGGCUUGACCUAUUUAGACCUAUCCUUCAAUCAGCUUACUGUCAUAUCCAGGGAUGUCUUCCUCAACUGGCCUCUCAUCAACACGCAGGAGAGAAAAGGACGUAAAGAGGCCAGCAGCGGAGAGGCCAACGUCGUUUUAGCGCUGCACGACAACCCUUGGCUGUGUGACUGCCGCCUCAAAGGUUUCGUUGAGUUUAUCAAAACCAUUAGUCCACCUCUGAUUCUGAUGAACUCGUACCUGACGUGCACAGGCCCGAGUUCCAGGGCGGGGAAGUUCUUCCACGAAGUCGGUUUGAAAACAUGUAUGAAGCCCGAGGCGUCAGCCUCAGAAACCAACAUGACAGUGUCACUGGGGGACAAGGUAACCCUCCAGUGCUUAGUCAAAGCCAGGCCUGAACCCGCCAUCCAUUGGUCAUACAACCUGAAGAUUAUAAAGGGAUUUACUGUGUCAGAGACCCGUAUUGACGAUGAGACCGUCAGAUCUCAGCUGGUCAUCCCAUCCCUGCACCUGGAAGACCGAGGCGUCUACACCUGCUUCGCCAACAACUUUAUCGGCAACUUCUCCGUCAGUUUCCUAAUCAACAUCAAGUCUUUCAACGCCUCCUCCUCCGGCGGUGCCGCCAUGUCUCGUCCCCCGUUCCCGCUGUCCUCAACCGACGAGAACGUCUACAUCGACAUCCGUAUCUCCAAGCAGACGGUCUACGGCAUCACUCUGGAGUGGUACGCUGCGACAGACAACCCGGCAGAGACCUGGUUCACCAUCCACUUGGGGAAAUACCACUCUGACAAAAAGGAGUUGACAUACAUCGGGCCGGGCAUCAACACCUAUGAGGUCAACGACCUCCUACCGGUUAGUAAAUACGAGGUGUGUGUGACGCUGAAGAACCAGACACCUCGCGCCGGUCAGUGCAUCGUGUUCUUAACAGGAAGUGACAUCGGCCAGCUGGAACAACGGGAGAAGUUCAUCCAUAUUAUUGUGAUCAUGUGUGCCAUGGUGCUGGCGGUGCCCGUGGGGAUGUACGCCUGCACCACCGACACUAGAUGUAAGUUCAGCUACCUGGACCGCUGUACGGAGCAGUGUAAGAGGAGGAGGAGGCAGGAGAAGACCCUGAGGACCAAUGGGGAGAGACAGGGGACCUUCGACAGCCUCCAAGCCCCCAGCGAUGAAGGACUCUGUCGUGACUCUGAAGAGGUGAUGAUGAAGAGGUCUUCCCAGGAUAAAAACAACCACAAGGGCAGAGCACAAGAUCCACGAGAGACAAACAUUGUAGCAAAGCUUUAUUAGCUCUAGGUUUAACGUWAAAAAAAAAWAUGAAAUGUACAAAGAUACCUAGAGGUAAAAAUAGGGAGCAUUCUUCUGUGAAGUGAAGCUUUUCGGAAACACAUCUGUAAAGAUACACGUUUUGAAGACUGAAAUGCCUUUCUUCAAUGACUGUAGGGAAGAGUAUAUUGUUUUAUCAAAAUGCCCUGUCUGUAAAGUAAUCAAAUGUUUAUAUUUUUCAAGUUUAUAUGCUGUAUCUUUGUGAUAUGUGUUGUUUUUUUUAGCUUCAUUGUUCUUCUCUGUUUUAAAAAGAAAUAACUAAUCUGACAAGAAAUCACGAAUGUUGCUUCUAUACAUGUAAUAUUGUUGAAAUAUUUCCUUGUCUUCAGAAUGUCAUGAAGUGUAUUCUGCUCAUUGAAAAUAAUUAUUUCAGAGCCACAUCAGGUUCAUUCAAAUAUACAAUAACCAUGCCUUUGCACU